GUGGGAGCGCAGUGGGCAGGGCUGGCUCACAGGGGCUCCAGGGCUCCUCAGGGUGCCUGACCUGGGCAAGCGCAGGGCGAACCGGUGUCAGUGACUCUGCUGGGAUAAAGCCGCACCGCCUCGCACUGUCUGCCAGCCGGUGUGAACGUGGCAGGUUUCGUUAAAACACUGUUUCAACCGGCUUUUUGAUCAAGUGUGUGAAAGUCAUCCUUGUUUCACGCUCGUGUGGCUGAGAGGGGCCGGAAGAGAAAGAAGGAGAAACAGGACAGGGAAUGGACUGAAAAAGGCUGCAAGGACAUUCUGUGUUACUGAAGGAAGGUACUCCAUUUUUGGAGUGACUUAUGAUGUCAAGAACUGUAUCAUCCUGGGUUUUAAGCUCAGCCAGAAACAGCAUUAUUUUACAAGGGAAAGGACGUCAGUACUCCAUCUGUAUCCCAAACAGAAACAAGAUCAAAUGGAAGCUUGUUUUCUCCAAAACAUGUCCCUACCGUGCUGGGAGCUGCAGCUUAGACAGAACUUUCUCCUUUCCCAAAGCAUUCCGGCACACUUCCACCGAAGAGGAACAUCUUGCUUUCCAGUUGUCUCCGUCACAAAUCAACGACAUACUCCGAGCGGGCGAACUGUCCCACAGAACGCUGGGUUUGAAUGGCAAGAACACAAAUUCCGUGCUGAGGUUUGAAAGCAACCAGCUGGCCUCCAACAGCCCAAUAGAGGACCGGCGGAGCGCGGCCACGUGCCUGCAGACGGCGGGGAUGAUGUUCGGCGUGUUCGACGGCCACGCGGGCGCCGCCUGCGCCCAGGCCGUGAGCGAGAGGCUGCUGCACUACAUCGCCGUGUCCCUCCUACCCCGCCAGAGCCUGGAGGAGAUCGAGCUGGCUGUGGAGGCCAUGAAGCCGGUGCGGCCCAUCCUGCAGUGGCACAGGCAUCCCAGCGAUGUGGAGUACCAGGAAAUCACCUCGCAGUACUUUGAGAACCUCCGCGUUUACUGGCAGCACUUACUGGACCUGGAUGCUGAGCCGGGGUUUAGCUUGGAAGAAGCCAUGAUUUGUGCAUUCAAAAGGUUAGACUCAGACAUAUCACUGGAAGUUCAGGCUCCUCAGGAAAAUGAGUUGAUGAGAAAUAUUGCCCUGCAAGUGGCUUUUUCUGGUGCAACAGCCUGUGUAGCUCACAUUGACGGUGUUCAUCUACAUGUGGCAAACACUGGUGAUUGCAGAGCUGUUUUAGGGGUCCAAGAAGAAGAUGGAACAUGGUCCACCGUACCUCUAACCCGAGACCACAAUGCCUAUGAUGAAUUUGAAAUUAGAAGAUUGAAGAGAGAACAUCCUAGAUCUGAGGAGAAAACCCUAUUUGUGAAUGACAGAUUACUGGGGAUUCUCAUGCCCUCCAGAGCUUUUGGAGAUGUGCAAUUAAAAUGGAGUAAAGAAUUACAACACAGCAUUCUCGAAAACAGCUGUGAUGUUGAGGCUCUAAACAUUUAUCAGUACGUUCCUCCAAACUACCAUACCCCCCCUUAUUUAACUGCAGAACCUGAAGUCACAUACCACAAGUUAAGAAGCAAGGAUAAGUUUCUCGUUAUUGCAUCAGAUGGGCUAUGGGAGAUGCUGAGUAAUGAGAAGGUUGUACAGCUCGUUGCUGGACACCUUACAGAGCUCAACAUGCAGAAACCACCACUGACUUUUAAGAAACCAGUUAAUUUGGGUUACAUGCACAACUUGUUGCUGCAGAGGAAGAGCAAAGGCCUGGCCUCCCUGGACCAGAACAUCGCCACCCAUCUGAUCCGGCACGCCAUCGGCAGCAACGAGUACGGCGAGGUGGACCCAGAGAAGCUGGCUGCCAUGCUCACCCUGCCUGAGGACCUGGCCAGGAUGUACAGGGAUGACAUCACUGUCACCGUGGUGUACUUCAACUCAGAAGCUAUUGGAGAGUACUACAGGAACCAUGAGUAGAGCCUUGCACUGCUGCAGUUCGAUACCACUAGGGAACUUCCAUACCGAGCCAUUCCUCUCUCUCUGGUAGUCCAGCUGCUACCAGUUCCUUAACCUUUUUGUUACUUACUGGCUUUGAAAAUAACUUUCUAAAAGGUGAAAUUUCCCUGGGUUUCCAGGUUUGUAUACACUGAAGAAAAAAUGUUUUCAUAAAACCUCACUGAAAUGUGACUGAACUAAAGAUUGUGGACCAGUUCUGAUUCCAUGAGAACCUCUGGUAAAACUUUCCAAUGGACAAACAAGGCAUAUUUCACUGAGAGUGGUACAGUUUAGUAGAGAUGGAUAAUAGGUGUAGCUGCAUGGAGUGUCAGGCUCUGCUCUUGUGGAGAACAAGUAGCAUCCUUUUGAAGCACUGUAACUGAAUUAAAUAAAUUAACUACCAAACCUUU